AUGCAAGCCUGGCAGUACUCAACUGUCCAAGGCACGGUGGAAGACAGCAUCUCAGUCAACGAUGUUGCAAAGCCAAACGCAUCUUCUCUCGCCAAAUGGCAGCUUAUUGUUCAAGCCAUCACCGCGGCUCUCAAUCCCGUUGACUACAAAUUGCCUGAAGCGGGAUUCAUUGGGCGCAUGAUGAUUCCGCGGCCCGCUACUGUAGGCCUGGAUUUUUGUGGUCGCGUCGUUGCCAAACGCCCUUCCAGCAGUGCCUUCGAAGACGAGAAGUUCUGUGCUGCCGCCAUAACAGCCUAUCAAUCCCUCAUGCCCGACACAUGGAAGUCCAGAGUGAAGAUAUUUACCAAUGGUGGCAGCGGCGGCACAGGCACUUGGGCGAUUCAGUUCGCAAGGGCCAUGGGUGCUGAAGUCACCGUCACCUGUUCGACUGCGAAUUUGGAGCUAUGCCGAAAACUUGGAGCCGACGAGGUAAUCGAUUACAAAACAAUGGAACUCAUUUCCAGUCUCAAGCAGAAGACUCAUGACUUCGAUCUCGUCAUCGACAAUGUUGGAAUGGAUGAUGAACUGUACAAUAUCCGCGAAGUGCUUCUGAAACCCACAGGAACAUUUGUGCAAGUCGGCAUUCCGGCGGCCGUCAGUCUGUUACAAACUGUAUCCAUUGUUAAGAAGAUCAUAUGGCCAUCCAUAUGCGGCGGCAGGAAAUACUACUUUGUCAACAUAAAUAACAGCGCCAAGUUCUUCACUCAAAUCGGUCGAUGGAUGGCUGAGGGCAAGACUAAGGCAGUGAUUGAUACGGCAUACAGGUGGGAGGACGUCCCUUUGGCCUUUAGAAAAUUGAGGGAUGGACAUGUGAGUGGAAAAUUGGUUGUGCAUGUCAUGAACAGAGAUUGA